GUCUCGUGCGCAGGGCUUCGUUCCACCUGUGCGCGUGCUCUCUGUGCUGUUUGCGCGUGGACAGGCCAAACAUUUCGUCGUGGAUGUUUUUGCUCGUACAAAGCUUAUCAAGGCAACAAAAAUCUAUAUUCUGCCAGCAGAUAGAGGGGUAUCUGAGAGAGUAACACAGACGACUUCAGCCUCUCCUCGAGUCAGGAAGCCAGCACUGCAGCCCUGCCGUCAGCAGCAUGGACUAUUACACACCCCAGCCAAGUCGUCGGCACAACCCUGUGGACAGCAUCUGCCGCAAACUGCAGACCAUCCAGUGGCGCGGUGACCGGGAGCCCAAUUCACCUUUCCAGAUUCCCAAGCUUUCCUCGAGCAGUUACGACAGCCCCCAGUGUGGCCUCAGACAUAACCUGGAAGCCAUCCUGAAGAAAGGGGCCUUCCACAGAGACGAGGGAGAAAGGGGGAAGGAGAGGGUGAGGGACAAGGACAAGGAGAAGGAGAAAGGGAAGGGGAAGGGGAGAGGGAUGGGAAUGCCGAGCUCUGCAGCUUCCCAGAGGAUCAGCAUGGGUCCCUCUGUCCCUCUGUCCACCCCUUCCACCCCUGCAUGCAAUCCUUCUACACCAGCUAACGUUACAUACACCAUCACUAGCACUAUGGGAGAGAGGAGAGGCGCUGAUGGGAGUGAUUUAAAACAAGUUAAGACAUGGCAGAGGUAUUGUUCGACUCCCACGGGCCAGUCCAAAGAAUCUCCUUACUUUACAUUCACACGAGGACCUCAGUCGGUGCAGCCCGAGAGCGAGAAGCCGAGCAGGAGCCCACCUCUGUCUCGUACCUUCACCCCGAGCCACAGCACCCUCUCCUACAACCUCAACUUCUGCUCUGCAGAUGCAGCAAACUUGAUGGAGUGUGAGCUGCCCUACCCAGCUCUGGUCGUGAAAAGGCUGUCCAUGGGAGAUGGAGGAACCUCACUGGCCUCUGAAAACAGGAAGGAGAAUAUGGCAGAAAUCAGCCUCAUCUGUGAGGAGAAUCUGCUCGAUACCAUCUUCCACGCCUGUGACACCCAGCGUCGAGGUAAAGUGUACGUGUCUCACAUCGUGGACUAUCUGCGCCACACCACCAGUCGCAGCUCAGAAGACAGCGGACUGGAGGAGCUUUGCAACAUGCUGGAUCCAGAACACAAAGAUGUCUCCAUUGACCUGGACACCUACCAUGCUGUCAUGAGGGAGUGGAUUGAUGACUGCCGCAACAACGGAGAAGAGCCAACAGAUGACAUCACUCAGGACUCAGUCAAACUUAGAGACAGCCUGUCUGCCAAGAGGUCCAUGCUGCUCAAUAUGACCUCAGGGAGCCUGGAGGCCUUUGGAGGGGAGGCGUCCAGAGCAGAGUUUGAAACGUCAGAGCUGGUGUAUUGUGUUGCUGACCUCCAGAUGAGCAACCAAAAGCUCGAGGAGGAGGUGAGGAAGCUGAAGCAGGUGGUGGAGAGCAUGGAGGACAGCAACCAGAAGCUGGCAGAGGAGAAUGAGGAUCUACGCAACCAGGCCAGGGUUCACCAGCAGCUAGCCCAGAAGGAGAAGAUGCUGAAGGAGGAGGUGGAGGAGAUGAAGGCUACUCUGAGCUGUACAGAGGAAGGCAGAGCUCGUGCCUCUGCACACAGCAAACAUGUGGAGAGAGAAAACCAGGGUCUCAUUGCCAAGAUUGCCUCUCUUCAGGAAGAGAACUUCAAGGUCACCAUGGAGACGGAUGAGCUUCAGAGGAGAAUAGCAGAGCUGUGUGACAUUAACACUGACCUUCAGAUGCAAAUUCACUCUUUUGACACCGUUGUUAGUGAAAAGGAAGCCGUGAUACUUGAGAAAGGCAGACAGAUAAAUGAGCUGAAGGCAGCAGUGGAGGAAUACUCCUCCAUUACAGAGCUGCUGAGGGCAGACAAGAGCAAGCUGGAGAACCAGAUGCAGAUGAUUCAUCCAGACCUGGCUGGAGCUGGUCUGUCCCUGUCAGUGGCGUACAGGUUGAACCAGAGCAGCUCAGGGUCCCUGCAGACAGAACUGGCUCUGGCACAGUCACCACUGGAGGCUCCCCAUGGAGCUGAUCAUUUGUCCACUACUAUGGGAUGUGCCUCUCCGCUGGAUGAGACUCUGGACAGGGAAGUUUUGCUGAUGCUGCAGGGACCCAGUCCUGAACACAUGGCUCUGGAGUUCAAGAUCCUACUAAACAAACUGAAAAGGGAUUUCAGGGAAGAAACCAGCUCUGUCUUAUCUACAGUUAGAGGCUUUUUUGAUGACCACACACAGCCAGGGGGCAACGCAGACACCAGUCUUCAGACGGUGCAGGCCGAGCUGGAUGCAAGGAGGGCAGACUGGGCCCUUAGCUUGGACCAGCUGGCCCAGUACACAGACUCCCUGGAGAAAGAGCUGAUCAAAAUGGCUAGUAACAUGAGGAGAUCCCGCACUGAGAUCCUCCACCUCUCAGUCAGGGUGCAGGAGCAGGAGAACCAGAAGCGGCAGCUGUGUGAGGAGCUGGAGCAGUUAAAGACACCCCAGGACAGCAGAGAGGCCUCAUGCCAAACACCUGCACCAGAGGAGGAGCCUGGAGAUGGAGACUUGGACUGGGAUGAGGAGUUUGCCCUCCAAGACUUCCUGAAGAACGAGCUAGCAGAGAGGAAUUGCCAGGUGCAGGACGUGCGAACGGGCAGCCGGCCUGAGGAUACAGGGAAUAAAUUAACAGACAGAGGUGAAGAGGAGGACGGGGAGGAGAGGUGGAUGGUGGUGGAUACGGCGGGAGAGGGAGAGGUCAGGGACACAUCGACUCCUCUGUCUGCCCUCCCUGGGGAAGCCCAUCCUGGGAAGGGUGCAGUUCAAGAGGGUCAAGACUCGGCAGCCUGUGCUGGAUCAGAGCCAGAGGGUUACUGUCAACCUGAGCAGGAAGAGGCAGCAGUGCUAUUGAGCGCCCACUCACAAGCUGUCAGCAUUAGACACCCAGAGGCGGAUGCUCUCCCUGAUCCGUCCCACUCAGAGAACAAUGCAGAGGUCUCUGAGACUGCGGGGUCUCCCUCAGAUGGUCCAGCCCAACAUUUGAGCAGCUCACCUGAACAGGACCAAACACCUGGUAACACCAGUCCCAUGGCAGCUGAGAUGGUCUCUCCUGACAGCACAUCACCUGGACCAGACAAGAACAUUACACAGAGUGAGAGCACCCAGCCAACCACUGAGGAUCACAGAGAAGCAGAGGAGAAAGGAGGCGAGGCGGACUCGAGCGCAGAAGAUAUGAACCGUACUAAGAGCCUGAGCCAGGACCAGUUGGCAGACAGAUCAGCAGCAGAGGACAGCACGAGCCUGCUUCCUGUGUUGGUGGAGGAGGAGGAGAGUGUGCAGGACAGUAGAGCUGAGGGUCCACCGGCAGCGGCCAGCAUGGCAGGGACAGACCGGCUCAACAGCAGCGGAGCAACCACACUAUCUAGCAACAGCUCUCCUCAGUCAGGAUCAUCCUUCAGACACGCCAGCCAAUCAGGAAGCGGCAUGGGCAGCAUGACCUCUGACCCCAGCCAAUCUGAGAAUAAUGCAGCCAAAAAGGACUCUGGCAAAAAUAAGAGGGAACUGGAGCUGUCACGCACCAUGGAGGCCAUCGAGGAGCACAAGGUUCAGGAGGACCAAAAUGAGACCAGCCUGACCAACGGGAAGGAGUCUGAGACAUCAAUUCUCUCUGACACCAGUGACACUUUUAAAGAGGACAGGAACAGCCUGUCACCCAGUGACAAGGAGAUUGAGGCAGAGUUCCAGCGUCUAGCGCUGGGCUUCAAGUGCGACAUGUUCACCCUGGAGAAGAGGCUGCGGUUGGAGGAGAGGUCACGUGACCUGGCUGAGGAGAACGUCCGCAGGGAGGUGUCCAGCUGCCAGGGCUUACUGCAGGCUCUUAUUCCUCUGUGUGAGGACGACAACCAGUCCAUGGAGAUCAUACAGAGGCUCCAGAAGAACCUAGAUAUCCUCAUCCAGUCCAUGACCAGGGUGUCCAGUCGUUCUGAGAUGCUAGGAGCUAUUCACCAGGAGAGUCGCAUUGGUAAGGCUGUGGAGGUGAUGAUCCAGCACGUGGAGAACCUGAGGAGGAUGUACACCAAGGAGCAUGCUGAGCUGCUAGAGCUGCGAGAGACGCUCAUGCAGAACGAGAGGUCGUUUGGAUCUCAAACUGAAAGAGAUGACUUCCGUGGCAAGAAACAGUCAUCAUCACAGUACUACAAGUCAUCAGCUCGGCGGGUCAGCAUAGCAGCGAUCCCUCGCAUUAGUGGAGGCAACAUGCACUUUGACAUGACUAAAACACAAGAUGGCUCAGAGGCUGAAACGGAGAGACUGACCAGGCGAUCCCCAUGGAAUGUGGCAGGGAAGAGCACGGCGCGCCCUCCACUAAAGCGCUUUGUUAGCUCUGCGGCCUGGGUUGACACUGAAGAGCCCUCUCUCAUGAUGAAGGGGAUGGCCUGCGACAACACCGACUGCCAGUCUGAGGACGAGCACAAGGAGGAGCCGGUGGCAGAGAGGAGGAGGUCCAGUCUCAGUGAGCUGGGCAACAAACUCACCUCCCUCAUUCUGCCCCUCAAGACUCCAAGCCCUUCCUCCAGCCCUACAUCUACAGACCCAGGAAUGGCCCAGUCUUUGUCCCACAGUCUGACCUCUUCCCGGGCAGCUGCAGCAGCAGCUGUAGCCAGAGGUGGCAGGGGGCUCUGGCUUUGGCUGGCCAUGGUGGUGGUGCUGGCAGGUCUCCUGGCUCUGCUGGCCAGUCUGGUCAUGCAGCCAGCAGUAGAUGCUGCCCCUGUGGGGACCGGGGACUCCUGGAUGACCAUCCAGCAGCUGCUGUGGCCGUACACAGGGCUCCGCCACAAUGGGCAGCCUCCCGUCUAACCUCUGAGACCCAAGGUGGAUGGUGCUAUUGGCCAUCAGCCUUCUGCGGAGAUUGUUUGUGCACUUGGGUGAUGAUUCAGAAAGGACAGAGCACCACUCCUGAGCGGAGGCUGUUUGGAUGUUUAUUGGUGCCUGAAGAUUCCUAAAAUAUGACAGCACUGGCCAGUCCUCAGGGGAUAGUUAACCCUAUGGAGGAUUUUAUACAUCACAUCACGUUUGCAAAAUUAGUUAGUCUGUGUGUGUGUGUGAAUGUGUUUUAAGAGGAGAAGCAGUUACAUGUCCUUUACAGUGGGCUGCUCAAACUCUAACACGUUAUGAUGCAGUUUUACUAUCAGUGCUGCUGGUACCUGUCUACCUGGACCCAACACAAUCUGUCAAAUCAGACUUGAUCAGUUGUCAGUGCUGACCGAUCAUGUCACAGCUUAAUCAGAAUGAUAGCACUGAUCCAUAUCAUACAAUGGGCCACAGUGCAGUUUUCCAUUGACAGUCAUCAUGGACGAUGGCUCCGAUUGUCCCACAUGGCUUUUUGAACACAUUUCAUGCACUUGAGGACACAGGGGACUGCCAGCCUUUUAAAUGGAAUAUUUAAUUCAUUUCUUUUAAGUCUAUAAACACUGGUAAUAAAACUUUGAUUUCAAGUGUUUUUUUAAGUGUUUUUGAAAUCUAUAUUUAUGAGUUUGUUAGUUUUGAGUGGGGAGAUGUGAAUAUGUUUAUUUUUGUUAAGUUAUAAUUCUACAUUGUUACAGUUUUAACACCAAAGGUUUUUUUAAUUAUUAUUUUCCCUUACAUUCUUGCUGUGGUGGUCACCGUUUUCAACUUCAUACACUUUUGUAUGUUCCAAAGAAGAUGCGUGAAAGUUUGCACAAAUAAAGUAGCCAAUUCUACAAUA